UGAUUCAGCCUCAAUAUUCUUUAUGGUAUCAGAGCCUUCUCUUAGCACCAAAUCAAUUCCAAAACCCUAGGUUUCUUAUUCUGCUAUGCCUUUGCGUCAAUGGAUGAGUCUUCGUCUUCUUCCUCUUUGUCUCCUUCCUCUACUUCUCCUAUUCCCACUGGUCCUCCGUUUCUUUCUACAAUUUUUGCCCCUUCCUCUCCUGUUGUGUCUAUCACGCCGUCAAUCCCUAUUCCUCCUUUUCCUCCUACUUCUUCCUCUUUACCCACAACCCUUGCCUCUUCUGUUUUCUCUCAUCCCGUUUUCUCCGUCACCAAUAUUCGGAAUUAUGUGGCAGAAACUCUUGAUCACACUAAUUUUUUUGUGUGGAAGGAAUUGAUGAUUCCUGUAUUGAAAAGCAAAGGCGUUUAUGGUCAUGUUGAUGGUUCCGAUUUGUGUCCCUCCCCUAAUAGUCCGGAUUUUGAUUCCUGGAUGCAGGUUGAUUAUCAGGUUCUGUCUUGGAUUCAGGCCACUAUAUCAAAAGACAUUCUUCAAUUUAUUCUUCAACUCGGUAAGCAGCUCACAGCCAAAUUAGCUUGGGAAUCCAUUCAUCAGUUGUACCAAAGCCAACUUAGUGCUACUGCACUUCAAUUAACUCAAGAAUUCAAUGGUAUUCAGAAGCAGUCUGGCCAGAGUGUUAUGGACUAUUUGCAGUAUGUCAAGGGGUUAUCUGAUCGGCUUUUCGGAAUUGGUCAUCCAGUAUCUGAUAAAGAUUUAGUGCUUCGAACUAUUGCUGGUCUUGAUCAUUCCUUUGCAGUGGCAAAGCGCACUAUUCCUCAACGUGUUCCCUUCCCUACUUUCUUGGAAUUGCGAUCGCUACUGUUGAUUGAGGAAGCUAAUAUUUUGCAGGAAUCUUCAACUAGCUCAUUGAUGAAUGGCUCUUCUAGUUCUAGUCAAUUGGGAGGCCGGACUAAUCGAGGUCGGGGAUCUCGCGAAAGUGGUCGUACUGUGUGGAAUCAUCGCUCCAAUUUUUCUGGCCAUUCUUAUUCUGGUCGCGGCUUCGGCAAUGUUGCUCAUGGUGCCUCUGAUUUUUCAAUUGGUUAUUCUGGGACUCAUGGUGCUGGUUUUAAUGGGUCUUUGUUUGCAAAGUUUGAUGGCCAAGUGGCUGGGUUUCAUUCUGCCAAUAGUUCUACCUGUGCCUUACCCCCAUUACUACUAACUUCGCCAACCCCUAUUGCUUGUCAAUGGUAUUCCCCUCAUCCUCCUGUCGAACUCCCUACCUCCCAUGCUACCUCUUCCAUGGCUUCCUAUUCCCUUCCACUGUCCCCUGCCUCUUCGCUCCCACCUUCCUUGCAGCCUCCUCGGCGGAUCCAUCCUAUGAUUACCAGAUCUCAAGUUGGCACUCGAAAGCCUCGGGUUCUGCCAUCCUUGCUUGCUACCGGAGCUGACAUCAGGGAACCAAAAACCUUUAAAGAAGCCUGUCAAUUCUCCGAAUGGCGUUCUGCAAUGGUGGAUGAGUUCUUGGCUGUGCUAAAGAAUAACACUUGGUCUAUUGUGCCUCGUCCUUCAACUGUCAAUGUGGUUGGCUCCAAGUGGGUUUAUCGUAUAAAAUAGAAGGCUGAUGGUUCUAUUGAGCGCUUCAAAGCUCGCCUCGUUGCUCAAGGGUUUACACAACAACAAGGUAUUGAUUAUGAUGAUACUUUCAGUCCUGUGGUCAAGCCUGCUACCAUUCGAACUGUUUUGGCAUUAGCUGUGAUGUAUUCUUGGCCUAUUCAUCAACUUGAUGUGAAGAAUGCCUUUCUUCAUGGGCGGCUUUUUGAGGUUGU